AUGCCUAUUUGCAUAAUUCUCUUGAAUUAUGUAACAAACACGCUUGAACAAAAGAACCUGGAUAAUAGGCUAUUGAUGCAAAAGUUACACAAACAGUCAGAAAAUUAUGAGAAGCUCGAAGCUAAAGUUGCUGAUAAUGAAGUAUAUAUAACUAAAUUAUUGGAAGAGAAGACACAAGUAGAGGAGAAGAAACAGGUUAUUUCUGAAGAAUAUGAGAAACUUAAAGCUAAAGUGGAGGAACAAUAUCCCGAGGAGAAACAGGUCAUUACUGACCUUAAAGAAAAGGAGUUGUACAUAGCCAAACUAGUGAAGGAAAAACAAGAGAGAGGCAAAGAAACUAGUUCCAUUGGACUACAAUUUAAUUACCUGAUCCCUUCAAUGGAUAAUUUGGACUGUCUGAGUGAUGUACAGGUAGCAGAGAAGAAGCUGUUUCUAGUUCAAGGAGAGAAGCCUCAACUAAUUAAUUGGGAGAAAUAUGGUCUAAGGAUUGGAGUACAAGAAGAUACCUUAUCAUCCACUGAUACAGUUGAGGUAGCAGUUGUUGCUCUAUUGGGAGGGCAGUUUAUUUUUCCAAAGAAUACAGUACUAGUGAGUGCUGUUUAUGCUGUUUCAGUAUCCAAGCCUCUCCUCAAGCCAUUACGACUAGAAAUUGAGCACUGCAUUAAUCUGAGGGGACAACCAGGUCUUACACGAUUUUUGAAGUUUGCCAUAGCUCCUGUGAGCACACCCAGUCUUCCUUACCAGUUCUCAGUAAUCGAGGGAGGAGAGUUUAAAGCUGAUAGUUGGUAUGGAUCUAUUCAACGUAAAAAGUUCUGUUUGGUAGCUAUUGUUGGGGAGAAAUUUCUAUCCAAAUCAUCAACUAAUGGAGACGAGUCAGAGGAAGUGGAAGAGGAGGAGGAACAAACAGAAGAGGAAACUGAGGAGGAAGUGGAAGAUGGUGAUAGUGAUUCAUCCAGUGAUUCUGAUAAGACUAAAGACCCACCAGGAGGUAGCAGUAGAGGACAAGGAGAGUCUACUAGUAAUGAGGGAGUAGAGGAAGAGGGGGAGACUGGAGGUCAACCAUUACAUGAGGAAGGAAAUGAAGAGCAAGAUAAUGAAAGAGUAGAAGAGUCAAAGGAUCAUGAAGAACCACAGCAUGAAGAAGGAACUGCUCCAAUACCUUGUACUGAGAUUAGUUCAGAUUUUAAUAGUAAAGUAGUGGUUUCAACUGGUAUAGUAGAGAAUAUGGCUUAUGCUGGACUGGUUUAUUAUGAAGAGAAAAGAGCUGAAGAUUUGGUGACAUUUGCUGCUGCAAAAGAUCUAAGUGCACUGCUUGAGUUUAUUAAAAAAGACUGUCCUCAUGCUGAAAGAGGGCAAAAUAUUCUAUUUUGUUUUAAAGAUUAUCAUGGAUAUAUUGAGUUAAAAUUUGAUGCACCUCAAAAGAAACCAUUCACUGGUUGGAAUAUUGAGCCUCACAUGGACUCAUGCAAAUUUCUACGUUGUGAUGUUGAUAAUUUUGGUGAAGCUAAUUAUCCUCUUCCUCCAUGUUGUCUGGUAUCAGUCUAUGCUUCACCUGGUGCUGUACCAUCACUACAUUACUCUGUACCACUGGAUGGAGUGGCCGAUCCUGUUACAUUAUUCAUUCAUCGAUCACUGAGAACUGCUCCUCCUCCUUCAGUACAAGGUACUAGCUCAAGUUCCUCUACUGCUAGUAUCAGUCAAACCAGGAGAGAGACUGAAGAAGUUGACAAGCUACUGGAACACAAUAUUAUCAAUGCAAGAGAGAAGAGAGGAAUAACUGAUGGCUACACUAAACACACUGCUGGUGAAAGAAUGGAUGAAUUGCUCCACAUCAUUUCAAGCUCCAUUAUUAUGGAAGGAGAAGUAUUUGGUAUAUUCUUAGAUAUUCUCAAAGAAGAAGGUACUAGAAGAACUAUCAAACUAGCUGAUAAACUAAUAGAAAAAUAUAAAUCAAUAUAGAUGUUUUAUUCUUAUUAUUUUAUUUACUAUUCUACAUUGUAUUUUUAUUAGUUUAGAAAUGAACUGGGACUUGAUUUUGAUCCUUGAUAGUAGUUUUGGUUAAUGUU